AUGUCCGACAUCUCAGACGACGACCUCGCUGACAACUACGGCCCCACGACCCCUGCGCCCGUCCACACAAAGGCGGCGGCAGCAUCACGCGCACGCGCCGGUGGCGCCUCUGGCAAGCCUGUCGCGGGUCCUUCCACUAAGCCCCAACCUAAGGCUGCUGUGUCGAAGAAGGGCGUAAGCAAGCCUACGAAUGCUAUUGAACUGGACGAUGACGACUCGGAGGGUGUUGUGUUUGUGGAGGAGGCGCAGACGAAGAAGCAGAGGAAGAGCAGUGAGGCCGAGGUCGUAGCCAUGCCGGGACCCACGAAGGGCGCGUCGAAGAAAGCUCCUGUACGUGGUGCCUCUGCUGUGAAUGGAACGUCUAAGGCGGCCGCGGCCGCGGCAAAAGGGAAGGCGAGGGCGGAUCCCUCGCCCGCGGAUGGUGACGCCAUGGAGGUAGAAGAGGACACUGCAGCUCAAGUGGAUGAGGAGGGGUCGGCCGAGCAGCCACCACCACGUUCUGGCGUGCGGGGCGGGAGCAAACAACCGCUACUGAGAGGGAAGAAUACGAUGACCGCCGCUGCCGCCUCUCGCCUAGCGAAGGAAAACCAAAGACUUCUCCGGGACAUGGACAGAUUACGCGCGGAACUCGAGCAAAUGCGAACGAACAACAAGGAGAGAGAGAAGCUUCAAGAAAGGCUCGAGGCAUCGUUCGACGAGAUGAUCCAACGGCGCACCACGGAUGCGGAGGAGAUCAAGAACGACGUGGAAGCGCGUCACAAGGAAGAGAUCCAGCGGAAAGACAGUCUCAUCCAAGAACUCACUGGGCAGCUAUCAAAACAGUCGCCCUCGAGUUCCAGCCAAUCCUGGACCCUACACUUCCUAACUCGAGAGGCCGCCGAGGAGGAGAAGCGUGCGCUGCGAGAUGAGAACACCCGACUGAAAGACGUCAUCAAGCAACACAACGCGGUCAUCGGCGCGAAAGACCAGCAAAUCGCGGAUCUUAAGCAGGAAGUGGAUCUCACGAAGAAGGAGCUUCAGGCGGAGAUCGAGCGGUCGAACCAACUCGCGUCCCGCUCAGCGACUAUACCUGCCUCAGUCGUCCCCAAUGGUACCAAAGCAGUUCGGGGGCCCGCAAAUAACUUGCCUGUUAUCAAGCUCUACGAGGACAUGACGAACGUCCUCGUCACCAGCGUACAGAAAGAGCCAUCAGUGGAUUGGCCGGGCAUCGACGAGGACGUGAUAUCUUGCAUAUAUACCUACGAAAACAAGGACGAGAAUAUCACCUUUUCUCUCAAUUUCAUGCUGCGCAACCAGUUCGAUCGCCCAGAGAACUAUUCGGGCAAGGAGGCGCUCCCGAAGGACAAGCUCGUCGAGAAGGUCAAGUACAUCCCGAGGAACCUCGAGUUGGAGAGGCCCGACUAUGUCGAGCGCCUCCAGUUCUUCAAGGAGCCGUUCAUGUUCGCGCGUGACCAGAUGACCGUCUUCCUCAAGACGCUCACAGAUACGGUCUCGGGUAUAUUCGAGAGCGAGGACGGCGGAGAUGAGCCUGGUGGGGCGGACGAGCCUAUCGUCGUGGAUUAGGGAGCAGGGCGCGUCUGUCGUUGAAUACGAUGUCGUGUUUUGAUUAGUGUGUAUCUCUCCGUCGUCGUUAAUUCUCAUCAUCUGGACCAUCAUUUCCUCGUCGCAUGCAAAAACCUGCUUGUGAGGACAGACUUGCAGAAUGAUUGAGGGUCCACAGAGGUAACGCCUCUAAUUCUAGUAUCCUCGGAAACAAAGUUGUAGCAUUCGAAUAGCUGCAUCAUCGAGUCUAGGCGUUCGCUGUCGCGUAUCAUAUAGUACAAGGGUGCCAUGAACUGAGACGAGGCAUUCUGUUCGUGCCUAUCGGGCAGUCGAUGGCUCUAGCGCAUACAGCCC